GUUAUAGUGGGCAUUUUCCUAGGGUCCUAGAGAGAGAAUGGAGGAAGAAGAUGUGAGAGUAGGUGCCAACAGGUACAGAGAAAGGCAAGCUAUAGGAACAGCAGCUCAGAGCCAAGAUGGAAGAGACUACAGAGAGCCACCUGCUGCAUCAUUGUUUGAGGCUGGUGAGCUAUCUUCAUGGUCAUUUUACAGAGCAGGCAUUGCAGAGUUUGUGGCCACUUUCUUGUUCCUUUACGUCACCGUUUUGACUGUCAUUGGGGUGGCUAAAUCUCCCUCCAAGUGCUCCACUGUUGGUGCUCAAGGCAUUGCGUGGGCUUUUGGUGGCAUGAUCUUUGCUCUUGUUUACUCCACUGCCGGUAUCUCAGGAGGGCAUAUAAAUCCAGCAGUAACAUUUGGGCUGUUUCUGGCAAGGAAGGUGUCACUAACGAGGACAUUGAUGUAUAUCAUAAUGCAGUGCUUGGGUGCCAUUGCCGGAGCUGCCGUGGUUAAGGCCUUCCAACCACAUACCUAUGAGAGACUUGGUGGUGCUGCUAACACACUCACUUCUAGCUACUCUAAAGCCACUGGCCUUGGAGCUGAGAUCCUAGGCACAUUUAUUCUGGUUUAUACUGUCUUUUCUGCUACUGAUGCCAAGCGAAAUGCCAGAGACUCUCACGUUCCAGUGUUGGCACCAUUGCCUAUAGGGUUUGCUGUGUUUGUGGUGCAUUUGGCUACAAUUCCUCUGACAGGGACAGGGAUCAACCCAGCUAGAAGUCUUGGCGCUGCUCUUGUCUUCAACAACCACCAAGCUUGGCAUGAUCAUUGGAUCUUCUGGGUUGGGCCUCUCAUAGGGGCAGCUCUCGCAGCAUUGUACCAUCAGAUAGUGAUAAGGGCUAUCCCCUUCAAGUCAAACUGAAGCAUUUUCUGGAAGCAAUUCAUAACCAUAAUUGCUUGUGUCUCUGAAGCCUCUCUUCAUUUCUUCUACAUAUAUAUAUAUAUAUAUAUAUAUAUUUCUCUUCUGUAUCGGGUUUCAGCGGGUUUCAUUUUGUAUUUAACAGCACACACACACACAUAUAUAUAUAUAUAUAUUUCUCUUCUGUGUCGGGUUUCAUUUUGUAUUUAACAUCUUCUCUGCACUUAGUAGCAAUGGCAGGGAUAUAACUGCUCGUCCUGUCCUGUUCACAUUAUAUAGCAUCAGUUUGUCCCAUUGAAUAAUCUUCAGAAGAUAAAUACAUUAUCAUUAUAUGUUUGAA